AGGCAACAAUCUGUGGGAAAGUCUGGUUUGGAGACGUUGCGGGCCCUCGCUGCCAAUCCCAAGAAUGCGGCCAACCUAUUGGAUAACUACCUGUCAGCUUCCUAUUCAAAGGAUGAAAGAGUUAGAUGUGAGGUGAUAGAAUAUGUGCCACCUUUGGCUUUGUUCUUGUCUGGAGAAGGAAGCAAUGGUGAUUUACGCUCACUCAUCAUUUCUCAUCUCCUUCCAACCAUCAUUAGAUCCUUGUCAGAUGAAAAUUCCCAGGUAGUAAAAAUGGGUGAAUCAGCUUUGUUGUCACUUCUCGAACACUGCCUCAUAUCGUCACAAUGUAUCGAACACAAGGUGUGGCCUGCUAUUAUAUCACGUAUUACUCACAAGAGGAAUGCUGAAGCGACAAUUGGGGUAAUCACUGUAAUAAGCAAAAUGGCGCCUUGGAUCGGAUCAGACUUAAGUGAAAGGCUUAUUGUUCCCCUCCUGGAAGAACUGUCUCAAGAAUCAGAACUUGGCAUCAGACGAGUUUGUGCUUCACUGUACAGAGAUCUGUGUUCAGUUGUAUCCACUGAAGUUUCAGAAUCUAGGCUGGUUCCUAGUUUCUUGAAACUAUGUUGUGAUCCUGAAUGGGUAGUGAGGCAGACUUGCGCUGAAGUUUUCAUGUCCGUGUCUUGCAAGGUUACUCUAGCGACUAGGAAAGCUCUUUUGGCCCCAGCUUUUGCCAAACUGUUGGUCGAUAGAGUGCGCUGGGUGCAGUUAUCUGCAUUUCAAUCUCUUGGCCCUUUCAUAACUACUUUUGCUGAGCCAUCUAUUACUUCUCUUGGAUAUAACAAUAAUGGAGAACUUGUUUUGAAGCAUCGAGGUGCAUCUUUUGAAUACAAGUUGAAUUCUACUAAAGUAGAUGAUAAGCUGCUAAACCCUUUGUUUAUGGCUUUUAUGAUGGAAGGAACUAAUGAUGAAUUGGAAAUUGAUUUCGAAUGCAAUAAUAACAACAAGUUCAGUGAAAUGUUUGAUUGUCGUUUAGAGUUGGAUGAUUCACAGAAUGCUACUAACUCAGAAGAUAAAAAUAACGAAGUUGAGGAUCAAAACUUUAAUACUUGGCAGUAUUGGAGGGAACCCUUACCAGAAAUCGAUAUCGAAAGCAGCAAUGAAGAAAAUAAUGGAAUACAGAACGAAGAUCAGGAAAAUCAUACUACUAGCUCAGAAGUUAAACUUUGUUCACCUAUGAAUGGAUUAGAUAUAAAUAAUGAUACGGAGGAAGAAUCACCAACCUCUGAUGAAAAAUCUGACUCUAAUGAUGUUUCUUCUCAAGAAAAUCAAAGACCAGAAAGCAUUCCCUGUUUAAUUCCUUCGUCAUCCGGAGGACAAGACAUCGUACCUCAGGAGCUGAUAAACCAUUUUGUGUCUAUGUCUGACCCUAGAAGAGAUUCAGCACCAGAUUUAGCUCACCAUUGUGCCUAUAACUUGCCCGCUGUUGCCCUUACCCUUGGUAAAGAGAACUGGGAUUUAUUGAAACCGGCCUAUGAAACUCUUGCGGCCGACAGACAGUGGAAAGUACGUAGAAUUGUGGCGAGUAGUAUACAUGAGUUAGCUGUGAUAGUGGGAGAAGAUGUUGCUACUCAGGAUCUUGUUCCAGUUUUCAAUGGUUUCAUUAAAGAUUUAGACGAAGUCAGAAUAGGAGCACUGAAGCACCUCGCCCACUUUCUUAAGUUACUGAGGCCUGCUGGUCGAAAUUCAUUCCUCCCACGACUCACUGAAUUCUUAAUGACAGACUAUGAUUGGAAUUGGAGAUUUAGACAAGAACUUGCCGAACAGCUUCUUCAAAGUUUGGGUUUAUUUACUCCAGCAGAUACUUGCCAUCAUUUAGGCCCAGUCAUCAUGGCUCUACUUCUAGACAAGGUUGCAUCAGUGCGGAAAGUAGCAUUAGUCCUGGUAACAGAACUAGUAGCACAUGUUUCCAUUGAUGUCAACCUAUUGAGGUCAUUAUUAGCAGAAUUGGCUGAACAGUUCGCUCACUCCAACCGUUGGAACAGGAGACAGACUUUUGCUCUUCUUUGUAGCAGGCUGAUAAAGGAAGGGGUCCUCUCUGAAGAAAUGUUUGCUCGGGAUGUUCUUCCGCAUCUUCUGGACCUAUCCUGGGAUCCAGUUGCCAAUGUAAGAUUGGCAGUAGCACGUGCUGCAGCGCAACACAUUUUACCCAACGCUUACUUUGCUGAUCGUUCAAAUCCACAUAAUGAAGUCCUAAUGUCAGUCCUCAAGAGAUUGCAAGCUGAUAAGGACAGGGAUGUUCGUUAUUUUGCAGUUUACCAGCCACCUAAAUCGGAACCUGUUGAGGAACCUACAUCAAUUAACUCAAGUUCUGAAGAGUUGUACUAG